CCAUCAUCUUCAUCCUCAUCCCGAUAAGGAAAGUAAGGGCAAUGGCUUCUCUCUCAUUCCUUGCCACCACCACUAGUAGCAGCUCCCCUCUCCACCGCCGCCACCCUCGCAAGGUGGUGCCUUCCACUACCCCAAGGCGUUUUCAUACGUCAUGUGAGCAAGUUGCUAAUACUACUGAUGCUAGUGGUGGUGAUGACAAGGGGUCUUCUAUUCUAAGGAUGGAUAGACGAAAUGUUCUCCUCAGUGGUUUGGGAGGAGGUCUGUAUGGUGCAGCUGGCCUUGGGCUCCUGGGAGUUGGAGAACCACUGGCUGCAAUUGGUGCUCCCAUUACAAUACCAGACCUAACUAAAUGCCAUAAAGCCACGGCAGAUGGCAUUGGCAAGGUGGAGUGUUGCCCGCCUUACCAAGACAUCAGUGGGGCUAUUGACUUCACAUUCCCAUCCUCUUCGAAGGCACUCCGCGUAAGGAAACCGGCUCACCUCUUGUCUGAUGAGGAGGUGGCCAAGUAUAAAGAAGCUUAUAGGUUGAUGAAGGCUCUCCCGGAAACGGAUCCAAGAAGCUUCAUGCAGCAGGCCAAUGUGCAUUGCCAGUAUUGUAAUGGUGCCUACUACCAGACAGGUACCGAGGACAAGGUGCUGCAGGUCCACUACAACUGGUUCUUCCUUCCAUGGCACCGCCUCUACCUCCACUUCCAUGAGAGAAUUCUCGGCAGCCUAAUUGGUGAUGACAGCUUCGCCCUUCCCUUUUGGAACUGGGACUCCGGAUUAGAGGGCAUGAAGAUUCCCAGCUUCUUCACCAAGGACACAUCAUCCCCUGUAUACGAUGAGAAACGAAACCUCAAUCACUAUCCGCCGGCCAUUAUUGACUUUGACUACAGUUAUGGAGACUCCAAUCCGACAGAUGUAGACGAUGUGAUCCACAAGAACCUCUUGAAGAUAAGCAAUGCCUUCUCGGAGACACUGACUAAACCGGAGCUAUUCAUGGGAGCAGUGUUGAGAGCAGGUGGGGAGAUAAAUUCGCCGGGAACCUUAGAGACGAUACACAACAUGGCACAUAUGUGGGUAGGACCUGAUGAGUCUCCAAACAUGGACAUGGGUAACUUCUAUUCAGCAGGGCGUGACCCUAUUUUCUACUGCCACCACUCUAACGUAGAUCGAAUGUGGAGCAUCUACAAGAAUUUGCGAGGCAAGAGUACCGAAUUCGACGAUUCUGAUUGGCUCGACUCUACCUUUGUCUUCGUGGAUGAGAAAGGGCAGUUGGUCAGAUGCAAGGUGAGUCAAACCCAAAGCACCCAAAAACUCCGGUAUACCUAUGACACGGAUGUGGAACUUCCUUGGAUUGACAAGGGCGUUCGCAAGAAGGUGCUUAAGGCCAAAAAGAAGAGUGCAGAUUUGGCUUUGGUCCCAGUCACCGAAUUUGGAUCCACGUCAAAGUCCCUCACCACCAUCAUUCGAGUCCUUGUCUCUAGGCCCAAGAAGUCUCGAACCAAGUCUGAGAAGGAGGAAGCCGUAGAGGUGUUGGUCGUCUCCGGCAUUCAGGUUCCAGCGAAUGGUUCGUCCAGGUUCGAUGUCUAUGUCAGUAAGCCCUAUGGAGAUGAUAUGGCGGGCCCCGACCUUGGGGAGUUGGCCGGCUACUUCCAUCAUGUGCCCCACCAUGUCAAAGAUAAGGAAGUUGAGAGCAAGAACCACGAGGCGGAUCUCAAGUUAGGGAUCACCAAGUUGUUGGAAGAUAUUGAUGCUGAAGCCACUGAGAAAGUUGUCGUUUCUUUGGUCCCACGUUUCGGAGAUAUCACUGUCGGAGGGGUAACUAUCCAACACCUCAACACCGACACCAGCUCGGCUUAGAGAAGAGCCACUCCCUCACCCGCUCCUAUGAUCCUAUCGAAUCAUGCGUCCUCUCUCUCUCUCUCUCUCUCUCCUCUUUUUU